UGAUUCUCAGAUCGCCCUCCUUUGCGCCUUGACGGAGUGGGGGAUUCGGAAAAUCGUCGGACGUACCAAGCGCGACAUAACCAGGUCAGCUUCUCGUGGUCCUGGUACAUUUCACUCCACCACCACCACCGUCCGUCCGUAAACUCUCUUCAAGGUACACACUAGCAGCGAGCAGCAUGAGGAUCGUCUGGAGCGUUAUCUGCGGAUUCGCGACACUGUCGCUGGUCUCCGGUCAGUUGGACGCAGUUGCAAACCCCGGCACCGGAGCUGGCGAGCGGAUUUUGCAGCGGAAAAAUGAUGGACCGAUCACCGCUGGGAACGCCCAGACGCGCGAGCAGUACGCGUUCGAUAACGCGUCGGGGGCUCACGAACCGAGGGCUUACCGGCCAGACGUUGGCGAGCUCGACUUCGUGUACCAUAACCACGACGAGAUGACACGGUACCUAAGGGCGACCACCGCCCGGUACCCGAACCUGACCGCACUGUACUCGAUCGGUAAGUCGGCCCAGGGCCGUGACCUCUGGGUGCUGGUCGUGUCGUCCUCGCCGUACGAGCACAUGCUCGGCAAGCCGGACGUCAAGUACAUCGGUAACAUCCACGGCAACGAGGCGGUCGGCCGCGAACUGCUGCUGCACCUGAUCCAGUAUCUGGUGUCGAGCUACGGGUCCGAUCCGUACAUCAAGUGGCUGCUGGAUAACACGCGCAUCCACAUCCUGCCCUCGCUCAACCCGGACGGGUACGCCGCCUCGAAGGAGGGCACGUGCGACGGCGGGCAGGGUCGCUACAAUUCCCGUGGCUUCGAUCUGAAUCGCAACUUCCCGGACUACUUCAAGCAGAACAACAAACGCUCCCAGCCGGAAACGGAAGCGGUGAAGGACUGGAUCUCGAAGAUCCAGUUCGUGCUGAGCGGUUCCCUGCACGGCGGUGCCCUCGUCGUCAGCUACCCGUACGACAACACGCCCAAUGCCAAAAUCUGUCGGUCGUCGUCUACAUGUGCCGUCUUCCAUAGCUACCUGUCGCAACCAUCGCUGACACCGGACGACGACGUGUUCAAGCACCUGUCGCUAACGUACGCGAACAACCAUGGUAAAAUGUCGCACGGCGUCGCCUGCAAGACUGCGUCACCGUCGUUCGAGAACGGCAUCACGAACGGGGCGGCCUGGUACCCGCUGACCGGCGGCAUGCAGGACUUCAACUACGUCUGGCACGGUUGCAUGGAGUUGACCCUGGAGGUGUCGUGCUGCAAGUUCCCGCCGGCCUACGAGCUGCACAAGUACUGGGACGAUAACCAGCUGUCGCUGCUCAAGUUUCUCGCCGAGGCGCACCGGGGCGUGCAGGGUUUCAUCACGGACCCGUCCGGCAACCCGAUCGAGCGCGCACAGCUGAAGAUCAAGGGCCGCGACAUCGGCUUCACCACCACCAAGUACGGCGAGUUUUGGCGGAUACUGCUGCCGGGCGUCUACAAGCUCGACGUGUUCGCCGAGGGCUUCGUCCCGAAGGAUGUGGACUUCAUGAUCGUGGAGCAGCACCCGACGCUGCUCAACGUCACGCUCCAACCGGCGAAGAGCCCCGUGCGCUUUCCGGUCGCCAGCCAUAAUACCGAUGGAGCCGCCCCGACACCGUCGAUGACACUGGCACCUUCGCCCGCUGCGACCACUGUGGCUCCGCUGCCGGUCCACGGUGGCGGUGGGACCACGGGCAAUAAUGGUUCGAAUGGCGACCGCCUUAUUUUCACCUCCUGAGCGCGCACAAGCAACAGUUAAGUUGCGCUUUCACUUCCUUUCGUUCUGCGCCUAUGUACAUAAACUCGAAUCGGAAUCUAGCUUAGUGGUUAAGUACGCGUUGCCCUUAUCUAACGGCUGGCUGUGUGUUUCGAAUCCAAUCGCGUACCGUAGUCUACUGAUCAACUCGAUCGAUCGUCAGAAGCGCGCGAUACAUUUACAGCACUUUCGUCAGUUCUCAAUUAGUGACCAAUUAACAUCAAUUAACUAGCCGAUGCGAAUAACAGAGCCGUGCACCGGUUUGCGAACACGCUCACAAAAUCCGCCACGACUUGUGGCCGCGUUCCUGUUUGGCCGGGUACGGUUAAGGAGGUUAUUAAGAAUGAAUGAUCCCAACCUAAAAUUGUUGUGUUCUUGCUCUUCUUUUAUCCAUCGCCUCGGUCCGCAUUCAGCCGGACAGAGCUAACCAAGCAGUAAACAGUUUGUUUGAAUGUCCUGGAAAUACGCACGCAAGUUUCUAUGUCCGUUAACACCGCAUUACCUUGAACUAGUUGGAAAUAGUAUUUGGGAACUUUAUUUGUACAAAAAAGCACAUUCAGACAGUUACAGUAUCUACCAUGAUUUGUAGUACUCUUAGUUAAUGACUUACAUACAAACACACAGUAUACUUUUGUUGUCGUUAUGCUACAAUCGCAAAUAGUUUCUCAAAUAGGACACAAUGUGUAUCAACCAUUCUUAAUAAUCUUUGCUAGGUGUAAGAGGUGCCUCGUAAUUGAAUUUCGAUGCACGCGGCAAUGGUCCCUCAUAUGUCGGUAUAUAAAAUACAAGGUCAAAAGAAACCUAUAGACUCCGGAAUAGUGAGAGUGCGUAUGCGAUAUCCUGUUCAGAAAAGGUCAAUCAAUAAGUCUUCCAUUAUUUAUGAAUAAUGUUGGAGUUUCCAUUUAGCAUAGCCCUAUAAUACACCUACUAACGUCAAAUAUGCAAAGUGGACAAAAUUCUAUGCCCUUGAAAUGGACUGGGAGUCUAAUUCAGGACUAGGCCUGAAUUGAGAAUCGAAAGCCGAAGCUCGCUAAACGCUUACUCCGUCAGAUGUUUCCAUCUAACUGACUAUUCCGUUAGAUCCGUGGCGGAACCAGAGUCACUGGUUAAGGCCCCCAGCUAAAUUCAAGAACGCACUCUCAAAGGAUCUUUCUUCUGUAGCCAAUACCUUCUCCUUUGCUUUGUGUGAUCCAUGAUCACUUCCGUUGAACAUUCGCAUACUAAAUCACACACUGUGCAUUUCCGGGCAGUUUGCGUGUCGAUUCUGCUCCACCAGGUGCAAUAUUUGAUCAGCCUUUUCUGUCGGGGUCUAAUUCUAAUUUCAGUCGCUAAUAAUAAAACGACUCGUUUGUGUUUACUGAAAAUGUAGUCUGAAAGUCGUUUAAAAAAUAAAUGUCUCUCUGUGUGACAGACUCUGAACAGACUUGAACACACAAAACAGACAAAACCCAAUAUUUUUCCAACCCAAUAUUGUAUAUAACGGGCCAGGGGCACUGACGUUAGCGGUUCGAAAAGUAAUAAACGAACUAUUGAUUGACCUAAUCAAUAUAUAUAUGUAUAGAUAUGCGCCAAAAUUGCAUAUCCAAAAUGUUCAUCGUUAGCUGACUGCAGGCUCCGUACCUUACCUUAGCUGAGAAAUACUAAAGUAACUAUAGCUUUCUACUUCGCCUAACACACAGCCAGCAACCAAACCUACACUAAAUCGUGUUCGAACGAAGGAUCCAAUCGAAAUCGUGUAAAUAUAUGGUGGUGUGCUUUGUCGUUAAUUUCGGUUCGGCGGCUUCGGGCUUGUCUUGAGUGCUCGAGCGAUGUUUCUAUGUUUAUACGAAGCGUACCGGUCACUACUUGGAUCAGGGUGUGUGUAUAUCCCGUGUGUGCUCACCAACGCCCGGUAACGACUAACCCGCGUGAAUCCCGCGUUCCAACGGUUCCGCAGCCAGCAAUCAAUGACACUGGCAUCCCCGUAUUUUCUCGGUACAGCGCAACGACGGUUCGUACUAUCGACCGUCCGCCUCGACUCAGUACCGGCCGCAGCAGCUGGCUCCACCGGCGUCGCAGGCGUCGUCCUCCGGCUCGGACGAGGGCAUCCUAUCCACGCUCAGCAGCGGGUUCAACAGC